AUGGGUAGACAAGCACUGUCCAAAAUUCCAGUCAUAGAUUUCUCAAGUGAGGACUUGAAGCCUGGCACAAGUUCUUGGCUCUCGACACGCAAAGCUGUUUGCCAUGCACUAGGAGAACAAGGUUGUUUUGUUGCAGAAGUUGGCAACAAGAUUUCUUUGGAGCUCCAUGACAAAAUCUUUGGUACAAUAGGAGAGUUGUUUGAGCUCCCCACAGAAACCAAGGUGCAAAACACACAUGACAAGCCUUACCGUGGCUACAUCAGUGUUGGUUCAGCCCACGAAAGCAUGGGGAUUGAUAAUGCAACGUGCCUAGAAGAAAGCCAGAAGUUCACAAAUCUCAUGUGGCCUAAUGGGAAUGAUAAUUUCUGUGAAGGAGCUAAUUUGUACGCAAAGAUAAUGGCAGAACUUGAUCAAACGGUGACAAGAAUGGUGUUUGAAAACUAUGGUGUUGAGAAAUACUAUGACUCAAACAUUGCAUCAACUGGGUAUGUUAUCCGAUUUGGAAAAUACAACGAAUAUCAGAAUUAUGAUCCUAAGAAGGGUUUUCCUACACACACGGACAAGUCCUUCACCAGCAUAGUGCAGCAGCACCGUGUUAAUGCUUUUGAGGUACAGACCAGGGACGGUGAGUGGAUUGGCUUAGAUCCUACACCUUCAUCCUUUUUGUACAUGGUUGGUGAUGCAUUUCAGGCAUGGAGCAAUGACAGGUUACGGCCUUGCAAGCAUAGAGUCAUGAUGAAUGGAAACAAGACAAUACAUUUGCUUGGGCUCUUUACAUUCAACGAAGGGACAAUACAAGUACCGGAAGAGCUGGUUGAUGAUGAACACCCUUUACAGUAUGAACCAUUUGAUCACAUUGAUUAUGUUAGAUCAGAAGAAGGUCAGGGAGCUGAGAAUCCUAUCAAAGUUUAUUGUGGUGUUAAUUGA